UAUCUUCAUCUUCCCCAUUUUCAUUUCUCCAUACCAGUAACCGCACCAUCAUCGCCAUGCUUCUCAAAGCUUCUCUAUCCUUCUCAGCUCUCAACACUUAUGGAGGAGACAACUCCGUCCCAUCGCUUCCGGCGACGAACCGCCGGGGAAAAGGUGUCAUCGUCUGCGCAUCGUCUAAGAGUUCGAACGCGAACAACCGGCCUCUUACUAGCGUCGUGUUUGAGCCAUUCGAAGAGGUUAAGAAGGAAUUGAAGCUGAUUCCUACUGUUUCGGAAGAGUCUCUUUCACGACAGAAAUAUACAAAUGAUAGUGAAUCAGCUAUUAAUGAACAGAUCAAUGUGGAGUAUAAUGUUUCGUAUGCUUAUCAUGCUCUGUUUGCUUACUUUGAUCGAGAUAACGUUGCUCUGAAAGGACUUGCCAAGUUUUUUAAGGAAUCUAGUGAAGAGGAAAGAGAACAUGCAGAGAAGCUGAUGGAGUACCAGAAUAAACGUGGAGGAAAAGUGAAACUGCAAUCUAUUCUGAUGCCUUUGUCUGAGUUUGAUCAUGCUGAGAAAGGAGAUGCAUUAUAUGCAAUGGAGCUUGCUCUAUCCCUUGAGAAGUUGACAAAUGAAAAACUGCUGAACCUGCAUUCUGUAGCAAGCGAAAGUAAUGAUGUUCAGUUAACUGAUUUCGUCGAGAGCGAGUUUCUGAAUGAACAGGUUGAAGCCAUUAAGAAGAUAUCGGAAUAUGUUGCUCAGCUAAGAAGAAUCGGAAAAGGACAUGGUGUUUGGCACUUCGAUCAAAUGCUACUCCGUGAGGGAGCUGGAGUUGGCGCUUAAAUUUUAAUUCACUAAGUCUUUCACUCCUUGUGUUUGUCUGCGUUUGUUACUAUCUUCGUUCGGAAUAUGAAUAAAAUUAGCCC